AUCUGUCAAAUUCACAUCAUUCAAAGCCAAUAGAAAAGCAAUCACCUGAAAAAUUCAUUCAUAAUAACUCUGUUUUGAAAAAUUUAUUUAUUAAAUCUUUUUUUUUAUUACUCCAACAUAAUUCGGAAUGAGUAUUUUCAGCCUCAAGGGCUUGAGUGUGCGUUUCUGCCGGCAGGCAUACAUUCUAGCUAGUGUGCGAGCGGGAGUUGCACCAAUGCCGGGCCGUACCAAAUUGAGGUUAAGUUUGUGUGAGUGCAGUAAUCAGCAGACAAUCAAUUACAGUAGUCGAGGGAUUGCAGUGCAUGCAAUCGCUACCACACAUGAAGAACUAACAAGACUAAAGCCAUGUCUACUUGCAGCCACAACGCCGUUACGCGGUAUCCACAACAACUUGUAUCAAAUGGUAAAAAAGCGUACACUUGAUGCACGCACUAAAUUGCAGCAUAACAAAUUUCCUAAUAAUGAAGCAUGCGAAGAACCAUCAAAGAACCCUUCAUCUAACUGCAAUGACCAAAGUGGUAGUACAAUGUGUUCAUCUCCAUCUCCCGGUCCUUCCGACCGAUUAUCACCACCCUCAUCUACCUCAUGCAAACCUCAAAUUGAAAAGUCUGCAAAAGAACCUUGUCCACCCAAUCCAGUCAAGCUCGAACAAACGACACAAAAGGGGUGCGUUAAAAAUACAGAAUUAUUGCGAGCAAAAGACUGCAAUAUAAGUAGUAGAAAAAAGGUAACUUGUGAUAAAAAACCAAGUGAAGGUGGCGGUGCUGGUGGUGUAGGCGGUACAGGCGGCGCAAAGGGUGCAUGCGGUGCAGGUCAAAGUGGCUCACCUGGUUCGGGUAUGGGAGAUGAUGAAGCGACAAGGAAAACUAGAAUGCUAUUGGCUAUGCUGGCGGCUUUGGGACUCGGUGGAUUGCUUUUGUGGUUAUUGACGAGGCGAAAACCAAAGAGUGCUGAGAGCAAAGAAUGUAAACCAGGUGCAAAGAGCGUAACGACAAUUCCAGCGACAUCAGCUGAUCUGCCAAAACAUGUGCCAUAUUUACUAGUUGGUGGUGGAACAGCAGCUUUUUCAGCAUUCCGUGCAAUUAAAUCGAACGAUCCGCGUGCAAAGGUGCUUAUGAUCACAGAUGAAAUGAGAAAGCCUUAUAUGCGGCCACCACUUUCCAAAGAACUUUGGUAUUCGGCAGAAAAGGGUGAAGUUACGAAAGACUAUCGUUUCAAACAGUGGACUGGCGCAGAAAGAAGCCUCUUCUUUGAGCCUGAAGAGUUCUUUGUUGAACCUUCGAAGCUAAUGGAAACAAUAAAUGGUGGCAUCGCCGUGGCGCAAGGUUUCACUGUGAAGAAGGUUGAUCCAGCCAAACAUAUUGCAACGUUGGCCGACGGUUAUGAAAUCGGCUAUGACGAAUGUUUGAUAGCGACAGGUUGCACACCGAAAAAUCUCGAUGUGUUUUUGCAUGCAAUACCUGGCGUGAGGGAAAAGGUUAUGAUGUAUCGCAGUCCCGAUGAUUUUGAACGUUUGAAGCAAUAUGCUGAUGAAAAGAAAUCGAUUACAAUUUUGGGGAAUGGCUUUACUGGCAGCGAGUUGGCAUGCUCGCUGGCGAAUUAUGCCAAGAACAAAAAAGUGAAAAUAUAUCAAAUAUUUCCAGAAUCUGGAAAUAUGUCCCGAGUACUGCCUGAUUAUCUAAGCAAAUGGACCACUGCCAAGAUGGAAUCAAUGGGAGUGUGUGUCAUACCUGAGACGAGCGUCAAAGAUGCACAACGCGACGAAACACUACUUAAGCUGUCGCUUAGCAAUGGCAAGAGUUUAUUAACUGAUGUUGUUGUAGUAUGCGUGGGUUGUGAACCGAACACAAAAUUAGCGACAACCUCGGGCUUGGAGACCGAUAGUAAUAUAGGCGGUUUUGUAGUUAAUGCUGAAUUAGAGGCUAGGCGAAAUUUGUUUGUGGCUGGUGAUGCAUCCUGCUUCUACGAUCCGUUGCUUGGACGACGACGCAUCGAACACCAUGACCAUUCUGUGGUAUCAGGCAGACUGGCGGGAGAAAAUAUGGUCGGAAAAAAAAAAGCCUAUACGCAUCAGAGUAUGUUUUGGUCCGACUUGGGUCCAGAGGUCGGUUACGAAGGCAUCGGCCUCGUUGAUGCUUCCUUGCCCACAGUUGCUGUGUUUGCAUUGUCUACACCGAAUCCAGAACGCCGCAGUGAUAAUUUAACCGAAAAAGCUGUGGUCGAGGGUGGGGACGGCGGUAAGACAGUGACUGUGAACACGGAAGCACCGGACGUCAAGUGCGAUCCGAACGAGGCGGACGAGUAUGGGCGUGGGGUUAUUUUUUAUAUGAAAGAUGAUAAAAUAGUGGGUAUUUUAUUGUGGAACCUCUUCAAUCGCAUUGGUUUGGCACGAACAAUUAUCAAUCAGAAUAAGAAAUACGACGACUUAAAUGAAGUUGCGAAACUCUUCGAAAUUCAUGCGUAGUUCCGAAAAGCGUUAAACAAAUUCGUAAUGUUUAAUAAUAAUUUGGUUAGGUAAAAAUGUUUGUUACCAUUAGUUAAUUACACGUGUAAAUUUGCAAUGUACAUCUGAAAUAUACAUUUAUAUAAAUA